AUGUGGGGAAAUUUAGCGGCUACUCUGGUCUGCUUUUUUUGCACACUCGGCGCUGUUACGGCCGAUGAUAAUAGCGGAAACUUCACAAAUACACCUGCAAUUCAGGUCAAGGGCAACAAGUUCUUUUACUCGAACAACGGAACCCAAUUCUAUUUGAAAGGUGUUGCGUAUCAGGCUGACACGGCUAACUCUUCCUCCACAGAGAACACUAUUGUUGACCCACUGGCAGAUUACGACACUUGCUCGAGAGAUUUGCCAUAUCUGCUUGGCGCAGAGACCAAUGUCGUUCGUGUCUAUGCUCUAAAUACAUCUUUGGACCAUAGCAAAUGUAUGGAAGCUUUUGGCAAGGCAGGGAUCUAUGUUAUUGCCGAUUUGUCCGAGCCAUCGGACUCCAUCAACAGAGACUCUCCAGCGUGGACUUUGGAUCUCUACAAGCGCUACACGGGCGUGGUUGAUGCGAUGAGCAACUACUCUAAUGUGCUGGGGUUUUUCGCGGGAAACGAAGUCACCAACAAUAAGUCGAACACGAACGCGUCACCUUUUGUCAAGGCUGCAAUCAGAGACACCAAGAAGUACAUCAAAGACAAAGGCUACAGAGAUAUACCAGUGGGAUAUUCAUCUAAUGACGAUGAGGACACUAGAGUUCCCAUGGCCGACUAUUUUGCCUGUGGUGAUGAGGAUGUCCGCGCUGACUUUUUCGGUAUUAACAUGUAUGAGUGGUGCGGCUCAUCGACUUUCCAAGAAUCCGGUUACGAAGACAGAACAAAGGACUUUGGAAAUCUAAGUAUACCUGCCUUUUUCUCCGAAUACGGUUGUAUCGCUGAAUCGCCAAGAAAAUUUGAAGAGGUGGGUACACUUUAUGGCAAGGAUAUGACAGAUGUUUGGUCUGGAGGUAUCGUCUACAUGUACUUCGAAGAGGCAAACAAAUACGGAUUAGUUUCUGUCGAUGGCAAAGAUGUAAAAACCUUGUCGGACUACGAUAAUUUGAAAAAGCAACUGGCUUCUGUGUCUCCCUCUGGCGUUCAAAUGAGUUCCUACAGCCCAUCUUCCACUUCUCUUUCAUGCCCCGCUACCAACUCGAACUGGAAGGCAGCAACUUCUCUACCACCAACACCGGAUAAGGACGUGUGCGAUUGUCUAGAAGGAGGUCUAUCAUGUGUUAUCAGUGACAGCGUAGACGAAAAAGAUUACGGUGAUUUAUACGAAACCUUGUGCGGCAAAAUUGACUGUGGAGAUAUAAGUGCUGAUGGUGAGAAGGGCAACUACGGUGCCUACUCUUUCUGUGACAAUUCUGUCAAAUUAUCCUUUUUGCUAAACAAGUACUACGAGUCCAAUGGCAAGUCUAAAUCGGCUUGUUCCUUUGACGGGUCUGCGUCGUUGGCUUCAGCAACUAGUCAAGCUUCAUCAUGCCAGACCAAAUUGUCUUCUGCCUCUGCAAAAGCUAGUGCCAGCGGCGGUAGUGGCUCAUCGGGCUCGAGUGGCUCGGCAUCUUCUUCUGGGAGCGGUUCCAGUAGCAGCGCGUCAUCCAGUAGCAGCAAGAAGUCAUCUGCUGGACUAAAAAUCGAACCAGUUUCUUCAGCUGGGUUGUGGCUGAUUUCUGUUUCAAUUAUGAUGGCGUCUGUGGGGAUGAUAUCUAUCAUUGUUUGA